CGUUUGGAGUGUUCAUCAAGCCGACCGAAGCAUCUGGAUAUACCAAAAGAAGAACGGAUGAGCCAAAGACGCGAGGCGCAUAGGAGUUGCUUCAAUUCAUCUUGGCGUUGUGACACAAAAAAUGACAAUGUCAGAUGGAAAAUGCAUCGUCAAUUAUCUUCAUACAGGUAUUUUUUACAGGAGAGAAAUCCAUAUCCGUCAAUGUAG